CCUUUCUAAAACCCUCCUGUUUGUCGCUCUACUAAAGAUGGCGCCAGUGCAAAUCUGAGGCGAUUGCGCUUAGAAGCGCGUAGGAAAUUAGACGUGAGUAAGAUGAAAAGUUAACGAAGCCUUCUCACUCUUCAUCGAAACAUCAAAAUACACCCAAAUAGCGUACUCUCAGGCAGCACUGUCAAUGUUUUAAUGUGUCGUGGCCUACCUGCCGCUGUAGGCCGUAAUGAAAAUUGAUCGCACCGCUGAAAGACUUCAUUUCCCAGAAGCCAUUGCUCUGUGCUUUACGUUAAAUCGGUGAACAUGGUAGUUGCAGUUUUUCGAAUGCUUGUUUUGCAGUUGAUUUGUCAGUCAUAGGAGUAUUUUAUGUUAGUUCUGGUGUUGUUUUAUCUAUUUAUUUUUGCCUUUUAAAUGCUUGAUAUGCUAAAUGUUUGUUAUAGCACUCAAAGCCACUGGAAUAUUGUUGUACUUUAAAACAUUGUGAAAGUAAACAAAUUAACUUAUACCAACGGAGGAGGUGGUGGGGAGGUGCUUCUGUGUCAUCAUGUCUUUAGACCAAGGACCUAAACUAAAUAUAAAAAGUUCACACUGCGCAUUAGAGGCGUCCACCACUCUCCCAGAGUCCUCUCUGACCUGGUGUUUGGCACAGCUUUCCAAAUCAAGUACAUUAGCAGACAGUGGACUGACAGGAGCUGACAAUAAGGCCGCCGCAGGAGGAGACAAAGCCAGGGAUGCAGACAAGAGACUCAAGGCUGGUCAAUGGAGGGCACUGGUGGCCAUUCGGACACAGCACAUCAAGGGAGGAGGCGGCAGGAUCGCACGCUACCAGUCACGGGGAGGAAUCCCUCCUUUGCUGGAUCUCCUCAGGCGACCAGAAAGCUCCAGGAAGUUUGUGGACCUGGCACUGAGCAUCCUGGCCAACUGCUGCACUGAAAGGGGGACCAGACUACAAGUAAGGAAGCUGGAUGGCGUGUCUGUUGUUGUGGACGUCCUCAAGAGGAAUGUUUCUGUGGAGACUGUACAAAAUCGAGCAGCACGAGCUCUGGGGAAUCUCGCCAUGGACCCCGAGGGCUCUUCUGAGGUCCAUUCUGCAGGUGGUGUUCCGCUUCUCCUGCUCUGCCUCUCUGUCUCUCCUCCUCCUCCAUCCUCUCCCUCUUCACUGACUCCAGCCCCUGAACUCUGCGCACCUAAAGUAGAGUGUGUCCAAUCUGCCGCCCGGGCUCUCGUCUACCUCUCGGACACCCCUGCCAACCGCCUCCUUCUGCUUUCCCAAGGAGCUCUUCCAUCUCUUGCUCAAUUCAUUUCUCCAGAAUACCCUGCAGGUUUGCAACGGGCGUCUCUGCGCGCCCUUCAUGAGCUCACCAGAGGCUGCAGUGCGGAGUGUGCCAAAGAGAUGUCCCGCUCUGGGGCUUUGACUCAACUCGGGGUUCUGGCUUCUGGAGAAGAUGGUCGGCCUUUGGAAGAGCUUGCAUUGAAGACUUUGGCUAAUCUGUGCUCUCAAGGCUGCCUGAGGCCUCUUGUGGGUUCGUUGGGAGUCAUUCAGAAGUUUGCAGAGGAGGUGAAGAAGGACCCUCUGAAGUCAAGUGUGUUUUUUAAGGCCUUGUGUUUGUGCUGCAGGGAGGCUGUGAACAGGGCUAAAGUAAAGGAGAGCGGAGGAUUGGAGGUGCUCAUCAGUUUUCUGUCGGCUCAUCAAAACCAUCCGCUCACACGCUUUGCGUUUCUAGCUUGUGUGGACUUUGUUUAUGAUGAAUCGGCUCUUGAGCAACUGCAGGAGCUCGGGUUAGUGCCGCUGCUCAUCAAGCGGUUGGUGGAGCUUGCUCAAGGAGAAGAACCGACCACUGGGAAGAUAGACGCCAGCCUGGCUUCUAGUUCUCCAUGCUCUGAACUCAUGAGCUCCUGCUUUGAUUCUUUUGACUUCUCUGCACUUGAAGGAAACAAGAGGGAGGAUGUGAGUAAAGACCAGACAGCAGGAUCCUCCAGCUUCCUCAGCCUCAGGUCUUGGCUGGUGUCGGAGGGUCUGAUCUCGUCUGAGGGUGAGCUGACUGAAUGCCCGAGCGGACCUGAUGUGUUUGGUGGCAGCCCCCAGUCCUCUGUCUCAUCAUCACCACUGCUCACACACUGUCCUGAGCUCUCCCACACCCCAACCUUACGUCCACCACACUUCUCUCCCUCGUCCCGCUCCAAACUCACCCGUCCCGCCUCCUCAUCCGCUCCGGUAUCUCCUCGAAACAUACCAGGGUCACCUUCUUCCACACAGCCCUCCAGCACCUCCACCCCUCAAACUGAGCAACCGUCAUCAGUGACCAAACCCUCCACCACCCCCUCAUCUCCCCCCCAAAUAUCCUCUCCCCCCAGAAAGAGACUCCGUGCAGCUUCAUCCUCAUCUUCAUCCUCCUAUACAUCAUUCUCUUCAUUUUCAUCAUCAUCCUCUCGCUCUACUGUGGUCUCCAUAGAAACCCCACCCAUGAUGUCAAAACCCCCAAUCUAUAAUCACCCAUAUCACCCUGAAGUCUGGGCCCCAGAAUCCCCUAUUCUCCUACUUCUGUCCCGCUUCUCUCAUGCACCAGACCCCAGCACAGCCCUCAUCAACACCAGCGUUUUCUCCGGGCUCUUAUACUACCUCACCCAGCAUCAUGACCCCAGUGGCCGGUGCUUUCGGAUGCUCGGGAGGCUCAGCUGUAACCCAAACUGCUUGCAGGCUCUGGUCAGAACUGGAGCCGUGGCUCUGAUCCGACAGAAACUGUGUGUGAGAGGAGAUGAGGCUGGAGGAACAGACAGACAGUCUGAGAAAGUCAAAGGGAAAAUCACGCAGCUAGGUUUGGGGCUACUCAGUAAUCUGAGGGUUCAGAGCGAGUCUGGUUUUGGCACUGGAGUUCUUACACACAUCAUGCUGUCGGGAUCUGAAUCUGACAAGCUGUACUGUGUGCUUUCCCUGCCUCUUGUUAACAGCAACCGGGUUCUUUUGAAGAAGCUGCUUCUGGAUAGCGGCGGGCUGGCAGCAGCUCUUGAACUGAUUGGAAAUCACAGUGAAGAUGACGAUGAUAAUGAAGAUGGACAAUCUGACAAAUGUAGGACAUUUCUUGCCGGCUGGUUGCCUCCACAGGAACAAGUGUCCUCUUUGAGAUUUAAAUCGCUUUACACGUCUCUUCUGAUUGGCUGCCUCUCCAGUCUGCUGUCAACUUUAAAGGAGGACAGAAAGAACUGCAGCACAGAUUGUAGGACCACCAUGGAGGCGACUCAAAUUUUGCACAACAAAUCCCAACUGCAGCAAAACCAACCAUGUCCCUAUCAGAAGGCAACCCAUAAUCUAACUUUCCUCCUAGAUGAUGGGACUCUUCUCCAAGCCCAUCACGAGGCUUUAACCGGGGAGGAGGGAGACAGCGGUGUUGGGUCUGAGUAUUUCAGAGCACUCUUGAUGGGCGGAUUUGGUGAGGCCCAGAAAGCUAAAGGUGAGCCCAUCAGAAUAAAAGAUGUAAAAAGCGGGAUGCUCUUACCAGUUCUCCACUACCUACACGGCUGUCGUUGGACUGAUGGAAACCAAGAUGACGAGAAGUCAAAGCAAGAUACACGUUGUCUUGUUUUGUCCUCUCUAGUCUCCACAGGGUUUGCGGGACCACAGGAUCAAUCAGUGGAGAGGGAAUUUAUAAAAUCCUCAUUGGCCCAAGUGAUGAUUGGAGCUUGUAGGUUUUUAGUGCCUGGUUUACAGCAGGCAGCUGAAGAUCUGUGUGUUGGCCUUCUCUACUCAUUCGUAAGACGCCUGACUACAUUUUCCCAUUUGAAUAAAACCACUACUAUGACCAGUGAAAUGGAUGAAGCAGGUUCUGUCAGCAAGGGUCCUGAUGGAUUGCAGCAAAUAAGUAAAACUGAACAGUCAAAGUGUUCCAAACAACAAUCGAAAUGCUCUAAACUAGUCAUUUCUUUAUCAUCAUCAUCAUCAUCAUCAUCAUCAUGUUCAGACCGGGACAAUGAGGGAGUUUGUCUGAGGUCUCUCCUGCCUCAGGUGUACUGGUUCUCUCAGCGCUACUCUUACCUGCGGCUGGGCCAGGCCUGUCUAUCAGUCCUGCUCCGGCCUCAGGGGGUCUGCCUUCCACCUUUUCAACCCUCUCUGUCCACUGAAUGCUUCCUGCGUUUGGCACAAGAAGCGGACUGUGCAGAAGGGCUGAAGCAGGACAUCUUAAAUCUCGUCAAAACAGCCCUCAGCUAGAGGGCAAUUGAUAGUAGUGGAUCUAGAUGAAUGUCAUCAGUUGUUGGUGUAAAUGCAUUCAAUAGGUACUUUAAUGCAGUGUUUCCUAACCCUGUUCCUGGAGGCACACCAACAAUACAUAUCUUGGAUGUCUCUCUACUCUGACCCAUUCAUUUCAGAUUUUGGAGUCUCUUGUAAUUCUCUGAUGAGUGGAUUCAGGUGUGUUUGAUUAGGAAGAGGUUGAAAAUGUGUACUGUUAGUGUGCCUUUAGGAACAGGGUUGGGAAACACUGCUUUAAUGCACAUGGAGUAAACAGAAGCGGAAUGGGAUUUUACUGGAUUUCAUGGGAUUUAAAUGAAAUAGAAAAAUGAUUUGAGUUAGCAGAAUUAUGUUGAACAACAUUUAAAACGUUCUAAAUCCUGAUAUUUUCAUGAUCACUUUUAUUUUUUUCCCCAAGACGUGUAUGUGUAAUGAGUAGAAAGACCAACUGUAAGUAUUUCCAUUAAUUAUUUUUGUUUUUUGGCCAAAAAAGGGUACACGCAUCUGCAUCCAGAUAUAUAGAAUAUGUGAUUUUUGUAAGAUAUGUUAUGUGAAUAAGAGAAUUUCAAAGGUGAAAGAGCUGUUUAUGUUCGCUAUAUAUUUUUUUUUUUGUAUAUGGCACUGUAUAAUUCGUUUAUAGAAAUCUGGAUUGUCUGAUGUAUGUUGGAGUGCCAUCUUUUUUUCUUUUUUUUUUCCUGUAUAUAUGAGAUAUUUAAUCAUGGAAAUGGCCAAAUAUUGGUGGGAGGCGGAGAGGUCGGAUGAUUCUCAAUAAAUGAGCUCUGUGUUGA